AUGUUGUAUAAACUGAGCUUUCGCAGCUUCGCCUGCCAUCCUGCCAGUAAACGUGCCUCUUUCAAACGAGUUAAUUAUCAACUUCUGUAUACGGUCGCCUCAUACUCAACUUCUGCCCCCCCUCCAAAGUCACGCAAACUAGCCACCAUGUCCAGCCCCACCCAUUGGAUGAACACCUCUGGCGAGACGGACCCCGUCUGGGUUCACUCCAUGCCGUAUUCCAAGUAUCCCAAGUUUCCAUCGCUGAAUGAGAACGUCGAAACGGAAGUCUGCAUUGUCGGCGCAGGCAUUGCAGGUAUCUCCAUUGCCUAUGAACUGGUCAAUCGCGGGAAGCGAGUUACCAUGAUCGAGGCCCGCAAUGUCCUGUCGGGAGAAAGUGGCCGGACUAGUGGCCACUUGUCCAAUGCCUUGGAUGAUGGAUAUGUUGAGAUCCAAAAGAAGCAUGGUACGCAGGGGGCUAAAGCAGCCGCCGAGAGUCAUACCUGGGCGCUCAAGCGAGUCGGGGAGAUUUCCAGAUCGCUUGGAAUCGAGUGCGAGUACCGUACACUUCCGGGUUACGAGAUCUCCCAGUACCCCCGCGGCGACGCAAACCAUGAAAAGGAGGUCGCUAGCCUGAAGAAGGAAGCCGAGCUGGCGAAGCAGCUUGGUCUUCCUGCCUCCUACCGCGAUGGGCUCACUGUCAAGGGAUGGGACGGCAGCAUCGACCAGCGGGACGGUGCCAUUUUUGCAGACCAGGCCACAUUCCAUCCGACCAAGUAUUUUGUCGGGGUACUCGACUGGCUGCAGAAGCAGCCAAACUUUCAAUGCUAUACGCACACGCGCAUGAUGUCAUCCAGCGAGAGCGGCCUGGUGCAAGUGACAACCGCAGAUGGCUACACCAUUACGGCCAAAGAUAUGGUUGAGGCGACAUGUGUGCCGCUCCAGAAAUUGAGUGUCAUUGCCGAGAUGGAGUACAUGCGAACGUACUGCAUUGCCAUCCGUGUUCCCAAGGGCUCGAUCGAGGACUGCCUACUCUAUGACGAGGCGGAAGCGUACAAGUACGUCCGAUUCACCGAGUGCGACGAGAAGGACGACUACCUGGUAGUCGGAGGAUGUGAUCAUAAGGUCGGCCAGGAGCACACUAGUGGUCGCUUCGAGGAACUCGAGACCUGGGUCCGUGAACGCUUCACCAAGGCCGGGACAGUCGACUAUAAGUGGAGCGGACAGAUUUUUGAGCCUGUCGAUUACAUGGCAUUCAUCGGAAAGAACCAGGGCUUGAACCAUACCUAUAUUGUCACUGGAGACAGCGGCAAUGGUCUCACGCACGGCGUACUUGCUGGCAAACUCAUUGCGGACGAGAUUACGGGCAUUGACAAUCCAUGGGCCAGCCUGUAUAACCCCCAUCGGCUGUCCAGCAUCGUCAAAUCACUACCCAGUAUGCUGCAGCAUGAUGUUCAGAUUAACGCCCAGUACAAGCGCUGGAUGAAGUCCGACAUUAAGGAUAUCGAGGAUCUGGCCGUCGGCUCCGGAGGCGUCAUCAAGGAGGGUCUGACGAACCCCGUGGCCGUGUACAAAGACGAGCAAGGUAAGGCGCAUAAGUUCAGCGCUGUCUGUCCGCAUAUGAAGGGGGUGUUGAACUGGAACGACACCGAGAAGAGCUGGGAUUGUCCCGUACAUGGUAGUCGGUUCAGCUGCGAUGGGGUUUGCGUGGAGGGACCGUCCAAGGCGAACUUGAAGCCCAUGGACUCGUUCGCUCAGAAGGAGCAGCGGGCGCAGCAAGCCAUUUAGGCAACGGGAAUGUUCUCUGUAGUUUAUUUAUGGGUAUCUGGCGUGUAUCAUACGGAAAAUAAAGAGUUCUAAACCGGAAUCUCUC